UCCAGCCUCCCUCCAGCCCUGUCACAUUACACCGCUGGACGGGACAGGAGCAGGAGACGGAUACCUCCUCGUCCGCUAUAUUUAGAUGUCUAACCUGCGCAAACAAAUCCUUUCCUGUCUCUCGGAGAAAACUGAAAUCAUUGCAGAAGGUGGAGAGUUCAGAGAAAGGGGCGAACAGUGAUGGCCUCAGUCAAAAAGGACAACAGACUGACGAGUUCUCAAAGCUUUAUGUGCGCCGGGUUCGCCGGGGUUUUCAGUAAAACCGUCACUUCACCUUUGGAGGUUGUUAAAAUCAAGAGUCAGGUCGGGACUUUUCACUGUAAGCAGGGGUUCUGGCAAAGUUUCCUUCGCAUCUACCAGAAUGAAGGGCUUCGAGGAUUUUGGAAAGGAAAUCUGGCUUCUUGUCUCCGGUUGUUUCCUUACACGGCUGUUCAUCUCUCAACGUACAAAAAGAUAGUCCAUCUUCACAUGGAUGAACUGGGCUCCAUCUCUCAGUGGAGAGCCAUACUGGCUGGUGGCCUGGCAGGUGUUGCUGCUGCACUGGUCACAUACCCUCUGGAGGUGGCAGAAACCAGGCUGGUGGUUCAGAACUGCAGACAACCCACCUACCUCGGCGUAUUGUGCACUCUGUCAAAGAUCCACAGGGCUGAAGGACUGCUUGCUCUUUACAGGGGCUUCUCUCUCACUGUCUUGGGUGCUUUCCCCUUUUCUCUGGGCUGCUAUGCUGUCUACAUGAACUUGGAUAAGCUCUGGCAGGAGCCUCCUGUUCGUUUCACUCCUCUCCAGAACUUUAUUAAUGGCUGUCUUGCUGCAGGAGUGGCCCAAACCCUCUCCUACCCCUUUGAAACUGUAAAAAGAAAAAUGCAGGCGCAGAGUCCUCGUUUGCCCCAUUGCGGAGGAGUGGACGUCCAUUUCAGUGGGAUGAUUGACUGUUUCAUACAGGUGGUUAAAAACAAGGGCGUCCUCUCACUGUGGAGCGGGCUCACCGCCAACACAAUAAAGAUUGUCCCCUACUUCGGCCUUCUCUUCACCUGCUUCGAGAUGUGUAAGCAGGUGUGCCUUUACCGCAAUGGGUACAUUGUCUCACCGCUGAGCUACAAGCUUGCACCUGGGGUCGACCAGAGCCUCGGGCCGUCUGAGCUGGAGGAGAUGAAGCGCUACUUGAAAAACAGGAACUUUGGGUCAGCCGAGUCCUCCUUUGGGAACCGCUGGUGAAAACUCACAUGAGAUGAACAGGAGUAAGAACUGACCACACCUGAUCGGCACAAGUUCUUUGCUGAACUGUGAAAGACUUGAGAGGAUGUAAUGAUCAUUUAUCAGUGCUAUUCAGGUUUAAUUUCUUCAUAUAAGGUAUUAACAUGCUUUUACAUUAUGUCCUGUCAGCAACGGUCUACCUCUUUCAAAGCUUUGUUUUUACUCACAGUAUUCUCUGUUAAUGUAUUCUCCUCCUGCACACAGUGCUUGUUUUUAACUAGAUACCAUGUGCCUUUAACAUUAAAUAUUUAUUUUAAAGCUUAUUCCAGUUAUUGACUCAUUUACAUCAACAAGUGCCAUAGUUCAUUCAUAGAGAUUCCAGGUGCUCUGUUACUCUGAUUGUGUGGUCCAUGUUUUUUUUCUGUUUUGUAAAAUAAAUGUAUAUUUUGAUGCGUCGUUACUUUGAGUUGGUCAUCCACAAUCAUGAGUAAGUGCUUACAUGGGUUGUGGAAGAAAUGUACAUUAACAUUAAACUUAAACUGAUUCCUUUUU